AAGGACGAGCAGACCAGAAAUGGGACAAAUCCGUCAGGAUAAGGGACAGGAACCCAAAAAAUAAUUAUAGAUUAAAAAAAAAGGAGAUAAACGACAAAGGAUCUAAUUAUCAGACUGAGUCAGCGGCAGCGAUGCUGGGCUGGAGUCACACGCCAGGAGCGAACUGAUCCGGGGGCUCGAGCGGCAGCGCACCAUCCCGGGGACGCACGCUAUCAUGGACUGCAUCAUGGACUGCAUGGCGAUAUUCGAUCACCACGUGUGCAAUGGCGUAUGUGGCUGCUGUGGAGCUCUGCGUCCUCGCUACAAAAGACUGGUGGACAACAUCUUCCCGGAGGACUCCGAGGAUGGUCUGGUCAAAGCGAACAUGGAGAAGUUGACCUUCUACGCACUUUCAGCCCCAGAAAAACUGGACCGCAUUGGCGCCUACCUCUCGGAGCGGCUGAGCAGGGAUGUGUCCAGGCACCGCUAUGGUUACGUCUGCAUCGCCAUGGAGGCUCUGGACCAGCUCCUCAUGGCCUGUCAUUGCCAAAGUAUUAACCUAUUCGUGGAGAGUUUUCUGAAGAUGGUGGCCAAACUCCUGGAAUCUGAGAAACCGAACCUCCAGAUCCUGGGGACCAAUUCUUUUGUCAAGUUUGCCAACAUUGAGGAGGAUACGCCGUCCUACCACCGCAGCUACGAUUUCUUUGUUUCCCGCUUCAGUGAGAUGUGUCACUCCAGCUAUGAGGAUAUGGACAUAAGGACAAAGAUCCGGAUGGCAGGAAUAAAAGGUCUUCAGGGAGUCGUCAGGAAGACGGUGAACGAUGAACUUCAGGCCAAUAUCUGGGACCCUCAGCACAUGGAUAAGAUUGUUCCGUCUUUACUCUAUAACCUCCAGCAGGUGGAAGAAACAGAAAGCCAUGUCGAUUCUCCUGUGUAUAUGAACCUGUGUGCCUUACCCGUCUCAUCCUUCACCAUUGUCCUGGGUGAACCUAAGACCUGGCAGCCACAGAGUACUGGAGGGAUUGUCCUAAAGGGAAAAGCGGCUGCCGUAGGUGGAAGAACCUUGAGUCGGUCGCCAUCGCCAUUACAAAAUGCAGAUAAAGAAAAGGACAUCCCGGCAGAACUGGCCGAGCGCUGCCUGAGGGAGCUGCUGGGGAGGGCAGCCUACGGGAACAUCAAGAACGCCAUUAAACCUGUCCUUAUGCACCUUGAUAACCAUUCCCUAUGGGAGCCCAAGGUCUUCGCCAUACGCUGUUUUAAGAUCAUCAUGUAUUCAAUACAGCCGCAGCAUUCCCACCUGGUGAUACAGCAGUUGUUAAGUCACCUUGAUGCCAACAGUAAAAGUGCUGCCACUGUCCGGGCGGGCAUUGUGGAGGUUCUGUCUGAAGCCGCUGCCAUUGCAACCACUGGAUCUGUGGGCCCCACGGUGCUGGAGGUAUUUAACACCUUACUCAGGCAGCUCAGGCUCAGCAUUGACUAUGAACUGACCGGCUGCUACGACUCGGUGCUCAACAUCGGGACCAAGAUCAUCAAGGAGCACGAGGAGAGAAUGUUCCAGGAGGCCAUCAUUAAGACUAUAGGAUCUUUUGCCAGCACAUUGCCUGCAUACCAGAGGUCAGAGGUCAUGCUCUUUAUCAUGGGGAAAGUGCCACUUCCUUCUAUGCAUCACCCCAUGAUGGAGCCGGGAAGACCAGGGGAGAACAGGAACCGCCUGAUCCAGAUCAUGUUGCUGAAGUCGCUACUGCAGGUUUCCCUAGGAUUCCAGUGUAGCAAUAUGCUGACCGCCUUACCCAGCUCCUUCCUGGACCCGCUGCUUUCCUCCGCCCUGAUGGAAGACGCCGAGCUAAGAUUGUUUGUCUUGGAGAUUCUUGUUUCGUUGAUUGAUCGCCAUGACAACAGACAGAAGUUUUUGUCUAUCAGUACUGUGCCGGACAUCGCCGUAUUGAAGCUCAAGGUGGACAAGUGUUCCAGACAAGAUACGCUCUUCAUGAAGAAGCACUGUCAGCAGCUGUAUCGGCACAUCUACCUGAGCUGUAAUGACCCCGGCAAUGUCCAGGCCCACUAUGAGGCUCUGUACGCCCUCCUGCUGAUGAUCAGCAUCGAACUGGCCAAUGAGGAGGUGGUUGUGGAUCUCAUCCGUCUGGUCUUAGCCGUGCAGGACCUGGCUCUGAAUAAUGAGGACAAUCUUCCGGCAUAUAACCGCUGUGCGCUGCAUGCCCUGUGUGCCGCCUACCUGAACCUGAUCAGCCAGCUCACCACUGUCCCAGCGUUCUGCCAGCACAUUCACGAGGUAAUAGAAAUGAGAAAAAAAGAAGGCGUCUAUCUUCUUCCGGAAGACAUCUUCAUCGAGAAACCCAGGUGGUCGAAGAGCGUGGAUCGCAUUGACUCCGAGCUGCUCUUUCUGCAGAGUAAGGUCAGCGAAGUGUUGGGAGGAAGUGGCUAUAAUUCGGAUAGGCUAAGCACCCCCUACGUUCCCCAGCUAACAGAUGAAGACCGAUUAUCUAAGCGGAAGAGCAUCGGGGAGACAAUAUCUGUGCAGGUUGAAGUGGAGUCCAGGAACAGCCCCGAGAAGGAGGAGAAAGCUCCAGCAGAGGAGAUAACGUUUGAAACUCUGAAAAAAGCAAUGGUGGACAGUGUGGCGGUGGAGGAGCAGGAGCGUGAGCGGCGGCGGCUGGUGGUGGAGAAGUUCCAGAAGGCGCCAUUUGAGGAGAUCGCCGCACAUUGCGGAGCCAGGGCUUCUCUGUUACAGAGUAAACUAAACCAAAUCUUCGAGCUGACGAUACGUCCUCCGCCGAGCCCCUCCGGCACCAUCACAGCUGCGUUUGGCCAAUCCCAGAACCACUCCAUCCCUGUGUACGAGAUGAAAUUCCCUGAUCUGUGCGUCUACUGAUCUCCCACAAGCUAACACGUGUCCUGCUCUACAGCAUGUUCCUCUCUCUACGAGAGACCUGCAGUACUGAGACUCUCCACCGGGGUCACCCUCUUCUUCCAGCCGCACUUGUGCCAGGUUAUGUCCGGAAAUAAUGUUCUGUUUGCACUAAAACCUAUGGAUGUCUUCUCCGUGCUGCAUUGUUCUUGUAUGAAUUCCUGUACAGCCUGAGGGAUCUACGUUUAUCAUGGAGAGAAACCCUUUAAGUCCCAUGAGUCGGCCCGAUGCAUUGCCUCACAACCCUCAGCGUGGUCCGUGUCUGCAUGGAGACCGGUGCAGUGAUGUAGCAGUGCUCUCCUAUUCCCAGUGUGUAUGGACGUCCCACAAUAGGAGCCGGACGCUUGGACUGACCGAGGCUUGGUAGAGCGGUGGACACGGUCAUAUCUUCUGAAGUUAUCGGUGAAGUUGAGACUCGGAGUUCUAUAACCAGAGAUACAUGUUCUGCAGCUGAAAGGAAGAUGAUGAAUGGGAAGGUUCAUCGGGCACCGUGGGCGGCUCAUGAAUGGCAGCGGAUGUAUAGUGCUGUUGAAUCUCAUAAUAAGAAACUCUACUGGCCUUGGAGAUACAGAGCCAGAAGGUUCAUCGUAUCCAUCUCUAUGUGAGACGCCGUCCUUACCAGGAGCAACAGACCGGGAGGAAGACGGGGGAACUAUAACCCAAGAAAGAAGAAGAACAGGGGCGCAGUGUAACCAUGGUGGCCCCAUAGAUAACGUGGGAUAUGACCACCAUCAAGAGCAAGUGAGGAAGAAGAACAGGGGUGCAGUGUAACCAUGGUGGCCCCAUAGAUAACGUGGGAUAUGA